UGAUGACUGCAGCCGUGAACGUGCUGGGGUAAUUGAGGUAUUUUUGGGCAGGUCCCUCUCAACCACGUAGAAAAGGACCCUAAGGUGUCGUUUGUCUACUGCAUUUCCCUGACAGGUGUCGUAAAAAAACCCAAUGACCACCACGUCCACCUAAAACUGCUCCCUCACCAAAGGCAAUCUAAUUAUUUUCUUUUCUCUUCCCCAUUACCACGUGGUAUCGACUUUAUUCGCACCUCGGUGACAACGAACGUCGUUUCUUCAUCCCGUUUCGCCACUUUGGGUUUCUUUGAACUCCGAAGAAAGCUGUGAGCUCAUAAAGUCCGCGCUGGUAUAAAAGUCCCCUCACCUGAGUUUUUACCAUAAACCGGCCGCCCGAGUGAAUUAGCAGCACCAUGGACAGCCUCGCUGAGGAAGUCGUUCAGAUGGAUGUGGACCUCAUGACAGCCAAGCUUUUGUCCCAGUGGGACUGGAGGGGUGUGGGAGAGCCACAGCAAGCCUCGAUGAGACGCACGCCCUCGUCCCCUGACUCUUCACCCUACUCUAGCUGCUCGACCCCGGAGCCUGAGGCCACAGAGGGCGAGCAGAGCUUCGCGAGCUUUUCAUACGACCGCCCACACGACAGGAGAGCCAGGAGCGGCCAGCGAAAACUGAGCAAGGCGAAGAUGUCCAGCAAGAGGCGCAUGAAGGCGAGCGAGAGGGAGAAGCUGCGGAUGAGGAGUUUGGCAGAGGCUCUGCACCAGCUGAGGGAUUACCUGCCCCCGGUGUACAGCCGCAAAGGGCAACCGCUGACCAAGAUCCAGACACUAAAGUACACGAUCGAAUAUAUAAAGGAGCUGUCGGACAUUCUGAGCCAAAAAUAACGACCCUGACCUCCAGUCAUGAACCACGAACACUGCUAGCUGCCGUUUGUACAUAUUUUGAACCUUUCACGCUGGCCUGCUGUUGUGCCAUAACUCUGAUGUAUACAUAGUUUUUCUGGCACUUGUUGCUGUGUCAAUUUUAUUUUACUUAUUUUCGUAUGCGUGUGUUUAAUUGCCAAACAUUAAAAACAAUAAUUUAGAAUAAACCUCUGGUUACUU